UCCAACAGGAAGAUAAACGGAUAUUCUAUAUUGUCCCGCAAAUCCACUGUGUAUGUGUGUGAGGGUUUUUUGUUUUUUUGUGUGAAAGUAAUCUCUGGCAUUUUUUCUCGGGGACCUGUGGUUGGAAAUUUAUUUACUCUGAGUGGACAUAAUAUUAGCUACAAUCACUGUAAAACUUGCUUUUGAAAAUCCCCCUAGCUUCUUUUUAAAGAUGAUUGUGUAGAAUUUUAUGUUUUCCCUACCAGGGUCGACAUGAAUCUUUUUUAUUUUUAAAUGCUCAGAUCUCUGUAAUUAUAGUCGAUAUCCUCAGCGUCUAGUGCUAUCGAUUUCCAUUACAGACAUAAUUCAUAUAAACGAGUAAGUAUGGUAAUUUACUGCGCGAGAUGGGGACGCAGACCAUACCUUAAAGUAAAGUAUUACUAACAACCUGGAAGGGGCAUGGUCACGCUUUUGUUCAAAAUUUAUUUUUCCGUUUUAUCUGGGUUUCUCAAAAGAAAAAUUCGGUUAUUAAUAUGUGAAAAUGUCGGGCGGGCGGGCGGCUGCCAAAAGGGUACCCACAAAUUGGAACUGCGCCAUUCAGUCACCUUUCCAGACCAUUCAGUUACCAUUCAGUUGACUGAAUGGCAGAGGUUUAUCCUGUGACCCCUACUGCACAGAUAACUCCUCCUACAGUUUUCAAGGCACAGGAUAUCAACUCAAAUCCGAACUCAUUUCCUGGGAUUGGCCGGAUAAAACUGACCAAUGAAAUAUGCGCAGGCAAUCCUUACAGCUGCGCCAAUGUUUCUGUGGGUUCUUGGUAGCGCUAACGAUCAUUCUCAUCACCAACCCCUAUCUCAUAGGCGACGUCAACCAAAUUCAACAGCCCCAUCAGCGGCGGCAGCAGCAGCGGCAGCAUGUCUCUGAGCAAAAGGACAGAGUCCGACACAUCCCAGCGGUGCCCAAAAAAUCAGCGGUGGUUUGUGUGUCGUGCCAAGAGCCCGGUCCUCGCCGACUUGUGGCAGACGUCGAUUGUCGGCGAAUCAUCGAAGGCGAUGAAAAUUAUAUUAAAAACGUCAGCAAGUUGAUGAAAAACAAGAAAUUUAAGUUUAAAAGUGAUGCAGAAAUAGCCGACAUUGCUAAAAACUGCGAUAAAUUUGUAAGGCACUAUGACUACCGGAAUUUCUACGUAACAAGAGAGGAAUUGGAUUUUCCUAUUGCAUACAGUCUGUUAACUUUCAAAGAUGCUAUACAAACUGAACUUCUUCUUCGAUCAAUAUAUAGACCCCACAAUGUUUACUGUAUUCAUAUAGAUAAAAGUGCCGAUCAAUCGCUACAUAGGGCAAUGAAAAAUAUUGCAAACUGCCUCCAAAAUGUGUUCAUUGCCUCCAAGCUUGAGGACGUUGUCUAUGGAGAUAUAAGUCGUCUGCGAGCGGAUAUCAACUGUAUGUCUGACUUGAUGGACUUUCAUUCUGUGCAAUGGAAAUAUUUUAUCAAUUUACCGCAUCAGCAAUAUCCACUGAAGACAAAUUCGGAAAUUGUGAAAAUUUUAAAAAUAUAUAAUGGUGCUAAUGAUGUUGAGGGCAUUACGAAACCCUCAAGAAUGUUCCGAAUUCGCUACCUAAAAUCCUAUAGAGUAGAAAAAGGCAAGUUACACAAUACUGGUAAAGCCAAAGGUCCACCGCCUCACAACAUCAGUGUGGUAAAAGGGAGCGCAUACGGGACAUUUAGUCGGGCUUUCGUUAAUUUCACACUUCAUGAUAAAAUGGCGAAAGACGUUUUACAAUGGUGCGAGGAUGUGUCCAGUCCCGAUGAAUAUUUCUGGGCCACUCUGAAUUUUAACAAGAAGAUCGAAGCUCCAGGUGGAUAUCCAGCUGUUCCUGACCAGAAGCCUUGGCUGUCUACCUUUGCUGCUUGGGGUGGUGUGCACCCCUGCCACGGAAAGUUUGUCCGGGGGGUAUGCGUGUUCGGCCUGGGGGACCUGACUGAGCUCGUGUCAAGAAAGGAACUGUUUGUCAACAAGUUUUAUUACUACUACCAGCCGUAUGCUCUUCAGUGUCUAGAGGAAUGGCACUUCAACAAUACCUUCAGUGUGUUACCAUUCAAAACUCAUUACUAUAAAACACUACCGUUCAUUAUUAGAUAGGUUUUUAGAAAAUUGGUUGAAUAUAUACUGUAUAUGUACAAUGUGUUUUUAUUCAUACCCUGGGUUGUUAAGUUGUUUAUUAAUGAUUACAUGAAAUGUAAUGCAGUAAAAAUAUUGCGUGAUAAAAGACACUGGUAUUUGA